UUGCAGCAUCAGUACCGCGCUCGUAUCGCAUUCGUUUGCUGGAGUCGGAGCGCGCUGCGGGGCGACACUGCACCGCCAAGGAGGACGCACAAGCACGGUAGAGGGGGGACUAGAGAAAAGGGAAAAAAGACAGAGAAGGUAGCGCACAGGGGAGACUCAUAGCCUACCCCCUCAUUUGAAUACUGGAAGAAAAUAUAACAUUGUCGGACCUUUAGACAUAAGAAGACAACGAGGCGGAAAAACCCAGGCGAUUAUAUUUUAGCCAGCACGGCGGGGAAACAAUGAAGGAUCGUACACAAGAACUACGAAGUGCUAAGGACAGCGAUGAUGAUGAAGAAGUUGUCCAGGUUGAUCGGGAUCACUUCAUGGAUGAGUUCUUCGAACAGGUGGAAGAGAUCCGAGUCUGUAUAGAUAAGCUGUCAGAAGAUGUGGAGCAGGUCAAGAAGCAGCAUAGCGCCAUCCUGGCAGCGCCCAACCCUGACGAAAAGACCAAGCAGGAGUUGGAGGACCUCACAGCUGACAUCAAGAAGACAGCCAAUAAAGUUCGCUCAAAAUUAAAAGCAAUCGAGCAGAGCAUUGAGCAGGAGGAGGGGCUGAACAGAUCAUCUGCAGACCUGCGAAUUCGUAAGACACAGCACUCGACGCUGUCACGCAAGUUUGUAGAGGUGAUGACCGAGUACAACACCACGCAGUCCAAAUACAGGGACCGCUGCAAGGACCGUAUCCAGAGACAGCUGGAGAUCACUGGGAGAACAACCACCAACGAGGAGCUGGAGGAUAUGCUGGAGAGUGGCAAGCUUGCCAUUUUCACCGAUGACAUCAAGAUGGACUCUCAGAUAGACAAGCAAGCCCUGAAUGAGAUUGAGACCCGACACACCGAGAUCAUCAAGCUGGAGAACAGCAUCCGUGAGCUGCACGACAUGUUUGUGGACAUGGCCAUGCUGGUCGAGAGCCAGGGAGAGAUGAUUGACAGAAUUGAGUACAACGUGGAGCACUCUGUGGACUUUGUGGAGCGGGCGGUGUCUGACACCAAGAAGGCUGUCAAAUACCAGAGCCAGGCUCGCAAGAAGAAGCUCAUGAUCAUCGUCUGCUGUACUAUUCUGGGAGUUGUCUUGGCGUCCACUAUCGGCGGAUACCUGGGCUUUUAAUGACGACGACGACAACGAUGAAAGACGGCCACAAGAGAAAAAAAACACAGAGAGAAAAAUAUCAUAUACAAUAUCAGAUAAGGAAAACGUUCUAAAAGUGGUUGGGUGGGGUUGAAAAAACAAAGACAAAAAAAAUACGACAAUAAACAUACAAAUAAACAUAAUAUUUGCAAUGUACAUGUAAAUGUAUUGAACAUAAGAAACAACACAUGGGUUAGCUACCUGGAAAGAAAUAUGACGUCAAAUAUUUUUGGGGAACGUUUCAUUCUUUUUUGGGGGAUCUCCAGGACAGUGCCAAUGACUGCUAAAUUGUGUGUUGUUCCAGCAAAGGUAGUUUACUUGGAAUGCGAUUUUAGAACAUAAUGCACAAAACUGUAGAAGGGAAUUGGGAUGAUCGGUGUACCUUAUUUCAUAGAUACAAUAAUCACGUUUCGUUGGGAGACACUGACUUUGGUUUUGGUCUUUUAGAGACUUCUCAUGGGUUGAUUAUUCCUGUCAAUCAGGUUAAACAGCCAGUCAAAAUAGUGUAGUCAACUUGAGUAACCUGCCAAUGGGCUAAUCAAAUCUCCUAGAUAGGCAUUCAUUUGCAACAAUGUCUUUACUUCGACCAAUAGGGACAGGAGCUUACACCCAUGGAGCUGUUACAACGGCAGAUGAAAGGCGUGGCACUGCAGUAGCAGGUUUAAAAAUGUUAAAAAACUGACAGUUUGCAGGUGCUCCAUCAAAGCCCUUCUCUGCUCUUAUCCAUACAGUAGGAGCAUGGAGAGAGGAAUGUCUCAGGGUCUUCAGCUAAUUCGAUAUGUCUGUGGCAAGAAACCAAAUUCAGAGAGACAGAUUAGAGAGGUGAGACGGGAGGGGGGGGGUAAACCGACGGUCGAAACGAUGCAGUUUUGACAAAGAAAGCCGAUCAGCUCGAGUUUUCCCAGGGAUGUUGAAAGAGAACAGACAGAGUAAAGAUACACCAGAGAGGGAAGGAAGAGAGGGAGGUGAAAGAAAGAGAGACCUAUAGCCGUCACGCCUGUUCUACAGAUUUUGCAAAAAAAUUGGAACAUGUUAAAAAGUCAAGAUGAAAAUUGAACAACGGAAUCUCAAAACUUGAAAUGCUGGCUAGCCCUGGUGUCGAGUCUCAUGUCUUGCUUUGGAAGUGGUUAGUUCUACUGUGGUCGUGUAGUGUGUGACGUGUCCUGUGACAAAUAGUCUGGCCUCAUAUUUCCAAUAAUGGACCUUUAGCUAUAUUUAGCAUUUUGCAGUUUGCUUUAUUUUAAAAACAUAUAAGCAAAUGGGUACUUUGAAUGGAACAAGUUUGUGUGCCCCUCUAUGUGAAAUUGUAUUUUUUACUAAGCAAAGAUAUAAUCUUAAAAAACACGCAACUAUAGAAUCGAUUCAUAAAACAUGUUAGGUAUUGAUAAUCUAUCAAUCGGUAGGUCAUGUUGAGUUAUAAGGGUUUUAACCCUCCGCUUGAGUUGUUUGGGUGCCAUUUCAUAAAGAUGGGCGUUUCCCUCUUAAUAGCCCAUUGGUGGUGCUGAACUAGUACCAGUUCAGAAUGACAAGGUCAGGAGAGAAUACUGUGCUCUAUGAUUGCACAAUCUACAAACCAAUGCCAUUUGAGUUCAGGCUAAGAACAGAUAUGAAUGCUGCUACAUUUAUCUGAAGGAGACAACUCUACCUUGCCAAGGAAAUAUGCAUGGCAACAUGACACGGAUGUCACAGUGACUCUGUUGAAGCCAGCGCUGUAAUGUUGCAGAUUAAGAUCCAAACUGCGGGAAUGACUGGAUCAAAAUCAUGACUCGUGAGCCUCUUGCCCUCGAAGUCCCAAUUCCCUGGCAUGCGUUGAUGGUGUUGGCCCCCGACUAGAUGAACUGAAGCGUUCUGACUGUUUGGGGUCACCUUCAUGGAAUAGUGUCCCAGUGUAGUUCAUAUGACAAGGCCUUAUACCCCCUGUGUUCUAGAUUGGACAUGGACCUAAUCCGAGUGUAGAAUAUACUCUACGAUCAAUAGAUAUUGAAAAAAAGCAACAACCUUAUUGCUGGUGUAUUGAUUUGAUUAUAGCCAAUUUAAAGAGUGACCCAAUUAUCCUUUGAUAUUAGCUUCCUAUAUGUAGGAACGUCAUAGGAUAUAAGUUGUAGCCUGGCGGUUAAGAGUGUUGGGCCAGUAACUGAAAGGUUGCUGGUUCAAAUACCUGAGCUGACUGGGUGAACAAUCUGUUUAUGUGCCCACGAGCAAGGGCACUUAACCCUAAUUACUCCUGUACUACCCUCUGGAUAAGAGCGUCAGCUAAAUGACUUAAAUGUAAGUCAGAAGUUGUACUUUUCUUCAUUUCAAGUGCCCAAACAGACUAUGUUGGCCACUACAAGAUGAAACUGUGUUUUCUUGUAAUUGAUACUUUGACUGUAUGUGUAAUAAUUGUAAGGAAAAAACAAUAUGUUGUCAAAUGUUUUCUUAAAAUAUUAAUUUUGUGUUGAAUAUGUCCUUAAUAUUGUAUAUUCAAAGGGAGGAGCCAGCUUUCAGUUUUCUGAACUUGGAUUUUAAGAGUGCUACGGAAAUGUAGCUAAAUUCAACAUUUCCAAAUGCCAAAAGUGACUCUGUUCAGUGUAAAACCAAAGGCAGAUGAUUUUACUUCACGGGUGCCCCAACACAGAUAAGUUAGAUUAACCUUCUGACACAGAAUAGUCUAUUAAUGCAAAUCUCACAGGACAUUGGAUAGGAUAUUUCAGAGUUAGACCUAAUUCAUCUUACCUAUUGGCUGCUACAAAAUCAAUACACACCCACUCACCCUUCACAGUUACAUGGUCAUUCCCCUGUCAUUGUCAUCAGCGAGGAACGUUAUUUUCUAAGUCAUCGGUUUCUUGGUGAAUUUCUAAGUCAAGUGGUCCUAUGAUGGUCAUCCCUGACUGACUGUCAUUGAACUGUCUCUGUUGUUGUCCAAACUUUAAACUAUAGUAACUACAUUAAAGUUAUGUUCCACUUUCAGCUCAGCGGCCAAACAAAUCAUGUCCCUUUCAAGUGCUAAGUAGUAGUUAGCUGAUGCUUUGUGCUAAGGCCCGCCAUAUCAUCAUAAGGACAAUACUUGCAAUAAAUAGGAAGCUGAAACCUUCAAUGAAAGGUUCAGUCAUUUCACAUAUCCAUGCAAAAGGCUCUUUGGUUCUGAGUGUGAAACAGUGGCCUUUGAUAGUGGGCUGUCCUUACAGAAUGGGAGUUUGCGUUGCUGACUUUUUCCAUGAACAACCACAUAACAUUGGGAGUUUGGCACUCACUUACAGCUUUGGAACACAUUGAGCGAGAAACAACAACAAAAAAUGGCCUCUAUUUUAACAUGAUUUAACUUCAGGACUAACCCAUGUCACUGUUUUCUACGUGCAUACCGGUAACCACUUUUGAGUUCUGUACAAUCUCGAUCACCACAUGAGACGUGAUAUUUCAGUCCCACCAUGACUCAAAGGCGCUUAUAUUACUUUGGUGAGCCUCUGAAGUCCAAUUUGUAUCUUUCCAUGGCAAGAACGUCUUUCUGCAGCAAGAGAUAUUGAGGGCAUAGGAAUGGCAAACGGGAAAUGUAGGUUAAUUCGACCAACAUCUCCACCCACAGAUCCAGGAGGGAAUCUGACUGUAGUCCUCAAGUCAUUCCAGCACUGGCCAGCAUGUUAUUUUUAAGCUUCUGUGUAUUUAAUGUGUCCAACCACUUACAUGUACAGUUAAAAUGGGGUUAUAUUGAUGUCGUUGUUGUUUUUUAAAAGGAAUAUGGCUAGGGAGCCCUUAUUCUUUAAGGCAUGCAACUUUCGGCUUUGUGAGUUUGCAUGGUGAUUUCUGCUCUCGAUCAUGAGCGCACUUUACACUCGAUAAGAAAACGCUGUCUAUCACAUUCACGGUUUAAUUUAUCGAUCGAUUAUUUAUAUUUACUCACUGAGGACGGGGUGAGGGCUUAUAGUUAUAUCACUGCUGGUGUCUGUUUUAUUGCAAGUCUACAGAGACACCAUAUUUACAGUGGUAUGUCCAGAGAGGUGAUCUACGUAUGUACGAGUGUGUGUAAACCUCUGGGUACUGUUUGGUGCAAAAUGUCCUCUCACCCUUCCUCCAGAGUACUGUAGUGUGCGGUUUUUCCCCACCAUGGCAGAAUCCCUAGUAGUAAUUCUGAUGCAUUCCAUUCUGUACCCCUCUUUCUCUCCCAUGGCAUCUAUCCCACUUUGCUCUGUGUGCUUCUAUGGUGGCAUAUGUGUCCUUUGUGAGGAAACGUUAAUCGUGAGUCUUUAAGCUGCGACUGCAACUUGUGAGCUCCUAGGCCUUGUGUGCAUGCCCCUCGUCCCUGGCACAAAAAAAAAACGAUGGUGCGUGUGUGUGUGUGUUUGUGUGUGAGCAUGAACGUUUGUUUGUGUACAGUAUGUGUGUGCACGUCUGUGAUCGGCGCAGAUCAGUUGCAUCACACAUUGAGCACGCGACUAGGCGUAAGGGCUGUUUGGGUUUAGCAGGUCCAUGGGUUGUAGCUGUUGAGUUCCAGUUUUAUGUUGAAAACAGAACAACAAAAAUACACUAUUUAUAUAUGUUACCAAAUUCAAACCAAAGCAUUUUGCCCCACGUGUUCUCAGUCACCUGAUCAAAGAGCACAAAGAAAGUCAAGUUUACAAAAAAAAUGCUUAUAAUAUAAUAAUAGGAAUCUAGAGUUAGACAUUCCCCCCCCUUCUAAUCAUUGUAUGUUGAUCUGUCAGCUAAUUGAUUCAAACGUUUGAAAUGACUUGUUGAAUAGACUUCACAAAUUGUCCUUUAAUCAUUCGUAGUUUGUAGUCUUCAUGGUUGCAACAGUGAGAAGAGAUGGAUAAUCAUAUGAUGUACAUGCAGUCCUCUGACACUUGAGUCCAAAGGAGACAACAGUGACUACUAUUAUUUCUGUAUAGUCUAUACACCUAUCUUUAUGCACACAAUAUCUACAUGUUUUUUUUUUUUUGUUACGCCCUCUUUACCACCCAAUUCAACGCCCACUUGCUUUGCUUUCUGUGUGCUGGCAACACACCUGAAUGGAGUGUACCCAGAUCAACUUUGGUGAAUAUAAGGGCACUGACCUGGAUGAACCAAAGUAUUCUAUGUUUGUAUUCCUGUGUUGUUUUGAAGUGAAAAGACGUGCCGGGUGUGCGGCACAUCGGAGUGACCUCCAAGCGUAGUGAGAGAAAGCGUUCUGUAAAAUGAGUGGAGAAGGAAUGACGGUAAUGACCUGGCCAUCUAGCUUCUGUCAGUGCAAAGCCUUGUCAAUGCAGUCAAUGGAAAGACAAACGCUCUUCUGGAAAAGGGGUUUGAAUAUGGUCUUGAACCGCAAUUAUAACCAGUUAGAUCUUUCAAAACGAAAUAUCAUGUUUUAUAUUAUCAUGGUUUAUAUUUGGAGUUUCGCUGGCUAUAUAUAUGGGCACCCAUACAUAUUUGCUUGUUGUAGCCACAAGAAAUCCAAGGCCCUAUGCAAUGGCCCCUGGCUUUAUCCUCACCGUUAUGUCAAUAUUCAAACUGCUUUCACAGAAGAGGUUCAUUUCAACAACAAACUAAGCCCUCUUCAGAGAUGCUCAUUUCUAUUGUGGCUUACUAAUGUGCUACUGUUAUUUGCCACGACGAAACCGUUUGUUGUUUUCUUUGCUUUAUGGUCCUAUUUUGGAAAAUACUCACCAUAUCUCACAACAGUAUUCCUUUGUAUCAGUGUUCUAAUUGGGAGCGGGGUUGGCGGUGUAGGAAUGGUGCCCCGAAAUUGUGACUUCAGAAAGUCGAUCAUUAUCUGAAUGGCUAGGUUAACAGAAAACUGAAUAGAUAUUAAAUAUAUGAUUAUAAUGAGAAGAAAAUGCAGUAACAUGUGCAAACUGAGGGAGAAAGAAUGGCAAAAUGAUCAAAUGCUAAACUAAAAAAGUGAGUGAUUAUAUUAUAGCAAUGAUUUAAAGAAAUAAAGGAGUUAUGUUAACAAAAAUAAUAGUAGUAAUAUUGAAUGCUCGCAAUUUUGUCCAACUGAACUGGAUCUUUGUGUCUUGUAAUUAUUGUAAAUACUUCAAAGAGAGAAAAAAUGACUUGCAUGUCCAUGUAUAAAACUACUGAGAAACUUGUUCCGGUCAAAGUUGUGAAGUGGUUCGAUCUCUGCCCUAUACCCACUGUCCCCCCUCUUUGGACUGACUGUCUAUACAUAUAUGUUCUUUCAGUUUUAAUGUGUGUUUGGAGUGUUUGGACAAAAGAAAGAAUCAUUUGUGUGACCAACCAUAUCAGUCAAAAACCCACCCGUUUGAUUUCGUUCAGAGGCAUCCGUCUCUGAUGAAUAGUGCUUCCCUCCAUCCGUAGUAAGAAGGGAGUGGCAACGUACAUGUUGCCAUGUUGUCUCGGUUUCCUGCUUCCAGGCCAAAUAUGAACUCAAACACUCUCUUUGUCUCCAAUUAGUAGCUGGUAGUCAGCCAAAAACAGCCCUGUCAUUGUGAUUGGUAUUGUCUUGUAUAAUGACAAUGUCAACCUUGUCACUUGGCUUUGGGCUUCUUCUCAUGGGUCCAGGGUCUCUCAUCGCUGUGGAAAGUAUACUGUGGUGAAAAAAUAAGUCCUUCUCUUAAUUGAACCCGCCAUUACGUAGUGGUCAUGACAUUUAAAGUCAUUAAGUGCUCAUUUGUGUGAUCUUUAACGUCUGGCAAGUGUUGCAACUCUCCUAUGUUCAUGGGAGAGAAAUAGGAGAGAAAAUGAUUUAAAUUGUCAAAAUUGUAAGAAGAAUUUCAAUUUUUGAAAUUAGUUAGGCUCUGCGUUGAGUUUUGUCCUCUUGUGUACUGAUAUCUUAGCGCGUCAGAUGCAAACAACUGAGUUUGAGAGGAUUUUUGUCCCCAAUUGUGAGAGCAACCCAAGGAGGUCUGAUCAUCCUCAAAGGGAUGUGGAUCAUACUGAAAGGCCUGUGACAAUAUAGAAAUCCACUUUUAUGUGUAAUACAAAAGAAAAAGGGCUUUCUCUAACAUGCAGAAGUGAGAGAAAAUUAUUCCAGACUUCGAUCAACCACAACACAGUUUUGGUUGCAGAUCGAAAGCCACAGUUGGUGGAAGUGAUUUGAAAUGUGUAACAACACAGGCAGAAGAGAACAACUCCAUCAUGUUCAGUGAAAGUCCAUUAGAUGGGUCUGUCAGGGUGGAAGAGAUUGAGCGAAACAAGAAAAUUAUACUGAGAGAGACUGGGAAAAAAAGAGGACAGUUGGAUCGUUUGCUGCAACUUUGACUGGAAAUGCAACUUGUGUCCCGUUUUUUUUUGUGUGUGUGUACGUGUGCGUACCGUAAAUGUAAAAAACUAUCUGUCCCUCUCUCUCCCUCUCUUGUACUGCUGUUUGCUGUUCUGUUUAGUUAGUGUGAUGUGCCAGUAUUUCCCUUCCUCAGCCCUCUUGCUCUUUCUCUCCAUGGAUCUUUAAGAUGACAACUCUAUGCAGAUGCUGUCUUUUAUAAGUGUGUCAAAUUUUAAUUUAAAAUAAAAACGAUUAAAAAAACUAACCCGACAGACAUAUUGAAAUGAUAACAAAAAAUGAAUAAAGAAAAGGAUUGUUCAGUGUA